AUGAUGAAGUUGCAAUACGCCAUCACGUGGGUGUUUUAUUUAUCGUCAUCAUUCAGUUAUGCAUCGGAGUAUUCCAAAAGGUUGAGUGCCAAGAUAUCGUCGGUGAUCUCACCCAAAUUCUACAGCGGCAAAGACCACAGAGGUGUGAGUGGUGCUGGCACUGGUGGUCCCGAUAGCAGAGUGUUUGAUGGUUAUGUUUAUGGACAAACUCCCGAUUUCCAUGUUCAACGACAAAUGCAGCAACAAGUGAGCCAUGCUGAGCAAGCAAACGCAAAUGCAAACGCAAAUGCAAACGCACAUGCCCUUCCGCCAAUCCCAAACCCAUUUGCUCCUAAAGCUCCCACUCCAGUGCCCGUUUCCAAACAACAUGAACUCCCGCCGUCGCCCAUGAUCUACCCGCCGAAACUACCCUUCCCACAAUGGCUAACUGACUUUACAGGAUUGCACGAAUGGCCCGGGUUGGAUCCACCCUACAUCCCGCUCGACUUUAUUGAUUUUAACAAGAUUGUCCCUGUGCCCCUCCACCCACAGGCCAGCUGUUCUGCCAUGACAUUACGAUCACCCUCGCUGUGUUCAUUUGACUGUUUCAACUGUGUUGAAGUAGAUGACGUGUACACGUGCCCCAAACUUUCGCAAACAUUUGACGAUGGACCUAGCCCCUAUACUUUGAAAUUACUUGAUGCAUUGAAUUUGACACAUACGCAAACGACGUUUUUCACAUUGGGAGUCAAUAUCGUCCGCUUUCCUGAGGUUUACCAGUUGGCGAUGCGGUCCGGACACAUUAUGGGGUCGCAUACGUGGUCGCACAAGUUUUUACCAGGGUUGAGCAACGAGGGCAUAAUUGCCCAGAUUGAGUGGCUGAUUUGGAGCAUGAAUGCCACGGGACACCAUUUGCCGAAAUGGUUUAGGCCACCUUAUGGUGGGAUUGAUAAUCGGGUGCGGCUGAUUUUGCGCCAGUUUGGCAUGCAGGCGGUGUUGUGGGAUUUUGAUACGUUUGAUUGGAAGAUGCUUGAUCAUUCGAAUAUGAGGAACGAAGAGGAUGUGUAUAAUGACGUGAGAAAGUUUAAGCAGGAGCGAAUGCGGGGGAGAGGAGGCGCAGGAGCUGGUGGAGUUAGUGGUGGUGGUAAUGGAGGCUCUGCUGGAGGACUAAUUUUGGAGCAUGAUGCUAUUCAACGGACUGUGGAUGUGGGGAUUGAGAUAUUGAAGAAUGUGGUUGGUGGUGGCAAGGAUCACCAGUUGACUGUGCCCAAGUGUGUUGGUGGGAUAGAUUAUAUAAAGUCGUUCAAGAGGGAUUGA